AUGGCUCUCUACAAUGAGCAACAGGUUCUCUUCGAGACGGGCUCGUUUACCGGCUUCCGCCCGCUGCGAGAGCUUGGUGCCAACUAUCUCACUACCGGCCCCUUCAAGCAACCUCUGUGUGGGAAUUCGGAAGGAUGGGGGCCCCUUAGUCCUCAUCGCUAUGAUUUCACACCUUGUUUUAUCGACGUCUGGAUCUCUGCUGUGUCUGUCUUUGGUCUUCUCUUUGGAUCGCUCGCUGUCUGGUGGCUGCUCGCCAAGAAGCAGAAACAAGAGGGACAGACCAAGAAUGCGCACUUCUACAUCAAGCAGUCCCUCCUCGCCGUCAUCAUCGUCGACGUCAUUGCUCAGCUUGUCGUUCAAAUCGUCUAUAUGCCCCAUAUCUGGUAUGGCGAUUUCCGAGUCUUGACAACCUUCUUGACCAUUCUGUCACUAUUUGUCGUUUUCGCUAUUCAAUGGGUCGAGCACUCGCGCAUUCGAUAUCCCAGCGGCGUCGCCCUGUUCUACUGGCUCUUCCUCCUCAUAUCCUUCGGCGUCAAGCUCCGAUCUCUUAUCUCGCAGCAAAUCUACGACUCCAACCUACCUUACUUCAUUAUUUACUGCGUCGGAGUUGCACUGUCUCUUGUAGAGUUCCUUGUGGAGUGGCUGUGGCCCCGAACUUCUCGCCCAAGUGGAUAUGAAGCCAUCGAGGAGGAGGAGGAAUGUCCCGUUGAAUAUGCCAACGCAUUUUCUCAGCUCGCCUUCUCCUGGAUGACACCAAUGAUGCAAUAUGGCUACAAAGUGUAUUUGACCGAAGAGGACCUCUGGGCUCUGGCCAAGGAUGAUCAGACCAAGAACACUGGCUCUCGCUUUGACCAAGCUUGGCAAUAUGAGUUGGAACACCAUAAGAGCCCUUCGCUGUGGAGAGUUUUGUUCAAGGCAUAUGGCGGUCCUUACUGUGUUGCUGCGAUCUUCAAGGUUGCAAAUGAUGUCGCCCAGUAUAUUCAGCCCCAGCUCCUUCGGCUUCUCAUCUCUUUUGUGAAGUCCUACGAGGAAGACAAUACUCCUCAGCCUAUUAUCAAGGGCGCUGCCAUCGCUUUGGCCAUGUUCGCGUGUGCGGUCCUGCAAACCACCAUGGUUCAUCAGUACUUCCAGCUUGCCUUUGUGACGGGAAUGCGUAUCAAGGGUGGUCUGUCUUCAGCCAUCUACCGCAAGUCCCUGCGCCUGUCAAGCGAGGGCAGAGCUUCAAAGAGCACCGGUGACAUUGUCAACUACAUGGCGGUUGAUGGCCAACGUCUACAGGAUCUUACCCAGUUCGCUCAGCAAAUUUGGUCUGCGCCAUUCCAGAUUAUCAUCUGCAUGGUUUCCCUCUAUAAUUUGCUAGGCUGGUCUAUGAUGGCGGGCGUUGCGGUCAUGAUCAUUAUGAUGCCAAUUCAAGGAUUUGUCGCUCGCAUUAUGAAAAACAUGCAAAAGGAGCAGAUGAAGAACAAGGACGCCAGAAGUCGUUUGAUCAAUGAGAUCAUCAACAAUAUGAAGAGCAUCAAGCUGUAUGCUUGGGGCUCUGCCUUUAUGAACAAACUCAAUUUCGUCCGAAACGAAAAGGAACUGAAGAACUUGCGAAAGAUUGGUGCCACCCAGGCCUUUGCCAACUUCACUUGGACUACUGCGCCUUUCUUCGUCUCGUGUUCGACAUUCACCGUCUUUGUUCUGACCCAGGAUAAGCCCCUCACCAGUGAUAUCGUCUUCCCUGCAUUGGCCCUGUUUAACCUGUUGACCUUCCCUCUUGCCAUUCUUCCAAUGGUCAUUACCUCCAUUGUCGAAGCCUCUGUCGCCAUUGGACGUCUCACCAGCUUCCUUACUGCUGAAGAGCUUCAGCCCGACGCUAUCACCAUUAAGCCUGCCCCUGAGCAACUCGGUGAAGAGAGUAUAAUUAUCCGUGAUGGUACAUUCUCUUGGAGUCGUCACGAGAACAAGCCCGCUCUGGUUGAUAUUGAUUACACCGCUUACAAGGGAGAGCUCUCAUGUGUCGUUGGCCGUGUUGGUGCUGGCAAGUCGUCUUUCCUUCAAAGCAUUCUCGGUGAUAUGUGGAAGGUUAAGGGCAAUGUCGAAGUACGAGGAACUGUUGCCUACGCAUCGCAGCAGACCUGGAUCCUCAAUGCCACAGUCAAGGAGAACAUCAUCUUUGGUUAUAAAUAUGAUGCUGAGUUUUACGAGAAGACUGUCCAGGCGUGUGCUCUUUUGGACGAUUUUGCACAGCUUCCAGAUGGAGACGAAACUGUUGUUGGCGAACGUGGUAUCUCCCUGAGUGGUGGUCAAAAAGCACGUGUAUCACUAGCUCGUGCUGUCUAUGCUCGUGCGGAUAUCUACCUACUCGAUGACGUUCUUUCUGCUGUUGACUCCCAUGUUGGCCGUCACAUUAUCGACAAUGUACUUGGAACUCGUGGCUUGCUGGCUUCAAAGACUCGCAUUCUUGCGACCAACGCCAUAGCUGUCCUUCGUCAGGCCAGCUACGUGUCUCUCCUCAAGGAUGGCCAGAUCAUUGAACGUGGAACAUACAAGGAAUUGGUUGCUCAGAAGGGUCUUGUUGCCGAACUUCUCAAGACGGCCGGACACGAGUCUGGCAAUGCCAGCAGUGAACCUAGUUCCAGUGCUUCAAGCAGCAAGGCUGCUACAAUCAUCGAGACAGACUCCAGCCAGGCCAAGGAAGAGCUUGAGGAGGCACAGGAACAGGUCCCCGAGAUGGCUCCCAUCAAGACCAGUGCUGGAGCCAAGCCUCGCUCGAGCAGCAUGGCAACACUGCGCCGCGCCAGCACUGCAAGCUUCAGAGGGCCACGAGGCAAGCUGACAGACGAGGAAAUCGGUGGUUCGUCCAAGACCAAGCAAACCAAGGAGCACUUAGAGCAAGGCAAGGUCAAAUGGUCUGUCUACGGUGAAUACGCCAAGAUGAACAACCUUUAUGCCGUUGCUCUAUAUCUCCUCAUGCUUAUUGCUGCACAGACUGCCGGAAUCGGUGGUAAUUUCUGGCUUGAGAAGUGGUCCAGAGAAAACCAAGAAAAGCAGUCGAACGCUAAUGUUGGCAAGUAUCUCGGAAUCUACUUCGCUUUUGGUAUCGGAGCGUCCGCUCUCACUGUCGUUCAGACCCUUGUGCUCUGGAUCUUCUGUUCCAUUGAGGCAUCAAGGAAGCUUCAUGAGCGCAUGGCCAACGCUAUCUUCCGCUCUCCCAUGUCUUUCUUUGAUACAACGCCUGCUGGUCGUAUCCUGAACCGUUUCUCGAGUGAUAUCUAUCGUGUUGAUGAGGUUUUGGCCAGAACUUUCAAUAUGCUAUUUGUGAACGCGGCCAAGUCAGGCUUCACAUUGGUCGUUAUCUCAUUCGCCACACCACCAUUUGUCGCAUUGAUCAUCCCUCUAGCCCUGACUUACUACUACAUCCAGAGAUAUUACCUCCGAACAUCUCGAGAGCUCAAGCGACUCGACAGUGUGAGCCGUAGCCCCAUCUAUGCACAUUUCCAGGAGUCCCUGGGCGGCAUUUCAACCAUUCGGGCAUUCCGACAGCAGCAGCGAUUCGAGCUCGAGAACGAAUGGCGUGUGGAUGCUAAUCUCCGUGCUUACUUCCCUUCGAUCAGCGCCAAUCGCUGGUUGGCCGUUCGCCUCGAGUUCAUUGGUGCUGUGGUCAUUCUGGCUGCCGCUGGCUUUGCCAUCAUCGCCGUCACAGGCGACAAGCCCAUCCAAUCCGGUAUUGUCGGCCUCGCCAUGUCAUAUGCUCUGCAGAUCACGACUUCGCUCAACUGGAUCGUUCGGCAGACUGUUGAAGUUGAGACCAACAUUGUGUCAGUAGAGCGUGUCCUCGAAUAUGCAGCCCUACCAAGUGAGGCACCCGAGAUCAUCGCCAAGAACAGACCCCCUGUCUCGUGGCCUGCUAAGGGUGAGGUUGAUUUCGUCAACUACAGCACCCGUUACCGUGAGGGUCUGGACUUGGUGCUCAAGAAUAUCAGCCUUGACAUCAAGUCGCAUGAGAAGAUCGGUGUCGUGGGCCGCACAGGUGCAGGCAAGUCAUCUCUGACUCUCGCCUUGUUCCGACUCAUAGAACCGGUAACGGGUCAUAUUGGUAUUGAUAAUAUUGAUACGUCUUCCAUCGGGUUGCUCGAUCUGCGCCGAAGACUAGCCAUUAUUCCUCAAGAUGCAGCGCUCUUUGAAGGCACUGUUCGGGAUAACCUCGAUCCUGGCCAUGUCCAUGAUGACACUGAGCUUUGGAGUGUGUUGGAGCACGCACGAUUGAAGGACCACGUUUCGAGCAUGGAUGGUGGGUUGGAGGCCAAGAUUAACGAAGGAGGCUCCAAUCUCUCACAGGGUCAGAGGCAACUCGUCUCGCUCGCUCGCGCAAUGCUCACCCCGUCCAAUAUCCUGGUAUUGGACGAGGCAACGGCUGCAGUCGAUGUUGAGACCGACGCUAUGCUGCAGAGCACCCUCCGAUCACCCUUAUUCGCUAACCGCACCAUUAUUACCGUUGCCCAUCGUCUCAACACCAUCCUGGACAGCGAUCGUGUGGUGGUGCUCGACAAGGGUGAGGUGGUCGAGUUUGAUAGUCCGGCCGAGCUGUUCAAGAAGCAAGGUGUAUUCUACGGGCUUAUGAAGCAGGCUGGGCUGGAAGUUGAAUAG